UUUGUUAAGUCAGUUAGGGGUGUGUCAUGCAGCAAUCAUUUUAGCAUUGUGGUUUCGUGCCACAUGUAAAGAGUGUUUUUUUAACCGUCGUGAUGCAGUCAUCACAGAUCUUAUAUAAUCCAGUAGUUCUUCCGUGCUUCUGUGCAAUGAAUAUAAAUUAGACCAGAACAAAUCUCUCCUUACUGACCUAGAGCCAGCUUUAUUUAACAAAUCAGCACAAGUGAUAUAGCCCUCUGCUUGUGAAGCUCUACAUGAGUGACGGAGAGCAAGCAAGUUUUCACAAGUUGACGGACGAAGGUGGACACUCCAAAUCGCACAGGUUUAAACAGUUGAAAGGAUGAAGACCACAAUGAAUAAUGCAAUACUUCUGGCCUUUCCCUGGGCUCUGUUACUGUGUCACUUUUCAUUUACCAGUGCAGCAUUGAACUGGGAAGUUCAACGAUAUGAUGGAUGGUAUAAUAACCUAGCACAUCACAGCAGGGGUACUGUAGGGUUUCACGUCAUUGAUGAAAUUUUGGAAACAACUGGGUCCGGUUGUCCUGCUGAAUUCCUGAACAUUCAGAUUCCUUGUGGAGACCCGACUUUUGAUCCUAACUGCACCAGGAAUGUGCAUCUCCCAUUCCAGCGUGGUCGUUGGACAACGAGCUCAGGUCAAAGUCCCAACAACCCCCGAUUGCAGGUAAACCAUGUCACUACAUGGAUUGAUGGAAGCUCCAUCUAUGGGUCAUCCCAUUCUUGGAGUGAUGCCCUGCGUACUUUUUCUGAUGGGCUUUUGGAUUCUUCUCUAGACGGUCUGUUACCAAGGCCAAGUACUGGAUUGAUUCGUUUGUGGAAGAUGGCAGACCCUGUAACCAAACAAACUGGACUUCAGGGACUUUACGAUUUUGGAAAUGCGCGAGCAAAUGAAAGUCCCUUUCUCCAAGCGGAAAGCAUCAUCUGGUUGCGAUAUCACAAUUACUGGGCACGCAAGUUUAAAGCUGAGAAGCCCAACUCUUCUGAUGAAGAGUUAUUCCAGAGAGCUCGGAAGCGUGUCAUUGCCAUUUUCCAGAAUAUUGUAUUUUAUGAGUGGCUGCCAGCCUUCAUUGGACAGAAUGGAAGCACCUAUGAAGGCUAUAAGAAGCAAGUCGAUCCUGGUAUCUCGCCUGAAUUUCAGUCAGCUGCUAUCCGAAUAAUCAACUCCUUGGUUCCACCAGGUGUCUACAUGAGGAGCAAAGACUGCCAGUUUCGUAAAUUUUCAAGUAAUAUUGGAGAAGACCCAGCACUUCGAGUGUGUAACAACUUCUGGAAUAGAGAGAAUCGACAUUUCAAAGAACCACAGAAGUUCGAUGAGUUGAUUCUGGGGAUGGCUUCGCAAAUAGCAGAACGAGAAGACAACAUUGUGGUGUCAGAUCUAAGAGACUUCAUGUAUGGGCCACUGAGGUUCACAAGAUCAGACUUGGUGGCUCUUGACAUCCAACGGGGGAGAGACAGUGGCCUUCCAAGUUACAAUCAAGCACGAAAAAUGUUUGAUCUCCAACCAGUAACUAACUGGUCAAGUAUCAACCCUCAACUCCACAAUGAAAAUCCAGAGCUCUUUGACAAGUUAGCAGCAAUGUACAGUAAUGACAUUUCCAAACUGGAGUUGCUGGUCGGAGUCUUUCUGGAGAGUGAUGGGGUCUCUAACAGACUCUUUCCCAUGCUUAUAAAAGAACAGUUUGAACGCAUACGAGAUGGUGAUAGAUUCUGGUUCGAAAACACCAAGAAUGGAAUGUUUACGGCUAGUGAAAUUCAGGACAUUAAGAACAUCAAAUAUGCCAAUGUGUUGCUAGCGACAACAGUUGCAGUGCCUCAGGAUAUUCAGAGUGAUGUUUUCUUCUGGAAAGAUGGUGACCCAUGUGCUCAACCAAAGCAGUUGACAGAGAGUGACAUGGAGCCAUGUGUAAAAGUCAGCACAAUGUAUUAUUUUGAUGGCAGUGGAGCAGGCUUUGGGAUACUUAUUGUGGCACUCUGCUGUUUCCCUUUGGCGGCAUUGCUAUUGGCUUUCAUGGUAGCUGGCAUUCGAAAGAAAGAAAAGAGAAAACUACAGAAAAAAAAGGUUUCCUUGAAGAAGUCAUCUAAAUCAGCAGUGAAUAUGAGAGGUAUUAGUUACAAAAAUUGUGGUGAAUAUGCGCAGUCUUUAAAUGUGGCAUCUCAUGAGUCUAAUCUGAAUUCUGCAUCUUGCACACAGGUGUUGAUGUUUUCUGGGGAAGAAGAUCGUGCUGCUUUUAUGGUAGAUUUGAAAGCACACCUCCAAAAGGAUGGCAUAAAUCCUCUGAUUCAUGAAGUGAAAGAACAGACGCUUUUGAAAGAAGCGGUGACAAAGCAGCAGCGGAUUAAGAUCUUAGAUACCUUUUUCCGCCGUGUAUUUGCACAGGUUCUGGAGAUUGAUGGUUCAGAUGCUGGUGACUUUGAUAUUGAAAGUUCAAAGAAAGCUAAAGAGUCCCUAAAAUGCGAGCUGACUACAGUGGAGUUUGCAGAUGCACUGGGACUAAAGGAAAACUCUAUGUUUGUCGAGCAGAUGUUUUCUUUAGCUGACAAGGAUGGAAAUGGCUACCUAUCUUUCCGGGAGUUUCUGGACAUCUUUGUCAUCUUGAUGAAAGGUUCUCCUGAGGAGAAAUCAAAGCUCAUGUUUGCAAUGUAUGAUGUAGAUGGGAGUGGUUCCAUGUCAAAGGAAGAGUUCUCACAACUGCUGAGGUCUUUCAUCGAGAUCUCGAAUGACUGCUUGCCAAAGGAACAGAUAGAGAAUAUGAUGAAUUCAAUGUUCAAACAUGCAGGAUUUGAAGAUAAAGAGGAGAUUAUGUGGGAAGAGUUCCAUUGCCUGUUCCGUGACCACUACCAAGAGAUGGAACUUUCUCAGCCUAAUCCAAAAGGUCCUGAAGGAAAGAAACUUGACAAAGCGAACCGCGUUUCUUUCAUAAUAAAGAAAAAGAAUGAAGCAUCAAAGAACACAGAAAACCAAAAAGAAACGAGCCCAGCUGAAACCUUGAGCCCGGAUCAUUUUGUCAUGGAUCUGCGUAAACGAUUUGGCAAGAAAUCUUCUCAAGUCAUGAGUAAAGUCUAUGCAGAACCAAAACGGGAAAAGUAUAUCAAAAAUAAAUUUCAUCAGAAAUAUCAGGAAUAUAGACAAUAUAUUCAAAAUCAUCAACGUCAAAUAUUUUCUGUGAUCAUCUUUUUUGGAAUUACUGUGGGGGUCUUUGUUGAACGUGCCUAUUACUAUGCGGUGUUGAGAGAACAUUCAGGAGUGCCCCAGACCACAAGAGUUGGUCUCAUUAUUGCCCGUGGAUCAGCAGCUGCAGUCUCCUUCUUGUAUUCGUACAUCCUUCUCACCAUGUGCCGGAACCUCAUCACAGUCCUACGCGAAACAUUCCUCAAUCACUACAUUCCCUUUGAUUCAGCCGUGGAUUUCCAUCGCUGGGUUGCGAUGGCUGCUGCCUUUUUCUCAGUACUCCACAGUGCGGCUCAUGCAGUCAAUAUCUACAGUUUCUCAGCCAACCCACUGAGCGUACUAGCCUGCCUAUUUCCUGAGGCACUCUACGAUGAUGGGUCUGAAAUUCCCUUGAAGUUUUACUGGUGGUUCUUUCAAAAUAUCACAGGGAUGACUGGAGUGCUUCUCCUCUUUUUCUUCUCAAUUUUGCACAUCUUUGCCCUGCAUUAUUUUCGGCGCAUUAGCUUCAGAGCGUUCUGGGUGUCCCACCAUCUCUACAUAGCGAUAUACAUCUUGAUCCUUUUACACGGCAGUGCUGCUCUUCUUCAGCCACAACGAUUCCACGUGUAUUUCAUCAUCCCCACCCUCAUCUUUGUUGGAGACAAGUUCAUAAGCUACAGCAGGAAGAAGAUUGAGAUUCCAGUCGUCAAAGCUGAGCUUCUGCCAUCAGGGGUCACUAAUCUUGAAUUUAAACGUCCGAAAGAUUUUGAAUAUAAGUCUGGUCAGUGGGUACGUAUUGCAAGCCUUGUUUUGGGAACGAAUGAGUACCAUCCUUUCACCCUGACUUCAGCGCCGCAUGAAGACACCCUCAGCCUUCACAUCCGGGCAGUAGGACCAUGGACAAUUCGAUUACGGGAAAUCUACUCUCCGGAAAAUAUAUCGCUUCUCGGUAGAUACCCAAAGAUCUACCUGGAUGGGCCAUUUGGUGAGGGCCACCAAGAAUGGAACAAGUUCGAGGUGUCUGUUCUGGUAGGAGGAGGGAUUGGUGUGACACCAUUUGCAUCUAUCCUCAAAGACCUUGUCUUCAAGUCAACCACCAACAGCAAAAUAUUAUGUAAGAAGAUCUACUUCAUCUGGGUGACUCGGACACAGAGGCAGUUUGAGUGGCUGGCGGACAUCAUCCGUGAAGUUGAAGAAGCUGAUAAAAAUUCCCUGGUGACAGUCCAUAUCUACAUCACACAGCUGGCGGAGAAAUUUGACCUGAGGACCACCAUGCUCUACAUUUGCGAACGUCACUUCCAGAAAGUGUCAAACCGCAGCUUGUUCACUGGACUUCGCUCCGUCACCCACUUUGGACGUCCCCAAUUUGUCCCUUUCUUCCAUUCUCUGAUGGAGGUGCACACAGAGGUUAUGAAGAUUGGGGUCUUCAGUUGUGGACCUCCUGGUAUGACUACAAAUGUGGAAAAGGCCUGCAAGGACAUGAACAAGCGGAGUAAGGUCCAAUUUAACCAUCACUAUGAGAACUUCUAACCUCACCCAUCAAUAGGGGAAUAACAGCACCCCCACGCACACACACACAAUUCAAAACGUUCGAUUUUGUGCAAUUUACUUGGAAUGAAGGAAUUUUUUUUGAAUCAUGAAAAUGUUUGACUCUUUAUCUCACAUUAUAUGCACAUAAAAGUGUACUUGUUAUUUAUCUUUGUGUCUAACCUUGUUACAUGAUCUGUAAAUCUGUUUUGAUUCUCCGGCAAGCUAAUUUUUCGAUUGUAAGGAUUUAUAGCAAAAAAAAAGUAUCUAAUGAUCUAAAUUUUGCUGAAGGUGUGCCAUCUGAAUCAAGCGUGUGGUUAUUAAUGUUUUUAUUAAUUAUUAAUAUUAAUCAGCCAGUGCUUGUGUAAAGGAAGAGAUUCCUUAUGACUUUGAGGCUGAUGAUGAUAAUGUCUCUGUGAUACUGGUCCACAUUAGUGCUCUGGGGACACGGGUUCGAAUCCCCCAUGACUGACAGUGGAUUUACAUUCAAAUAAAUAAAAAUCUGGAAUUGAAAGUC